AUGAGCGAAGCGAGCCAAGCGCCCAGCGGGCGUGCCUCGCUGCCGACGCUGCCGGAUCUGCGUCAGGAGCAGUUCUUCCUCUCGACCGUGCGCCAGUACAUUGACGUGGAGGAUACGGAGGAGAAAGGAGAGCUGGUGCCCAUCACGGAGCGCACCACGCCGUGGCACCACACCAAGAACAUCCGAUGGGGGGCGUUUUUGUACAGUCUGUUUAUGGAGCAGUUUGUAUCACCGCUAUGGCAAGGGAUGCUAUGGGGCCUCGGUGGCGUGGCGCUGGCGCACGCGCGCCAGGCGAUGGCCAUUGCACGUGCCCACCGUAUGCGCUCGCCGACCGCCCAGGCCAAGACGCUCGCAAAGGAGGCGGAAAAGACAGCGCCUACGCGCCAGCUCUUUUCGUCGUGGAUCGCGCGGCUGGGCCUGUCGCGCCUUUUUCUAUGA